CCGCUUUGCUGCUCCAACAAUGGCGGCGCCGGCGAUUCCCCGCGAGGCAUGGGAGGGCUGCAGCGUACUCCUCGACAUCAACGACGGCGAUCGCCUCGCCUUCUUCCGCCUCACUGCCGCCGCGACGGUCAAGAUAGGGAACCGGACCUGCUCGCUGCAGCCGCUCGUGGGUCGCCCCUUCGGCUCCCUCUUCAGCGUCGGCCCCUCCGGUCUCGUCCCCUGCGCCGACGCACCAUCUCGCGAUGAUAGAAUGCAAGAUGCUGCUGAUGGUCCUGUGCAGGAUGAAACUAGGGACAAUAGGUCUCUGGUCGAUAAUAAUACAGCACAGAAUUUAUCUAGCGAUGACAUAGAGGCAAUGAAGAGGGAUGGUGUAAGUGGUGAUGAGAUUGUGGAAGCUUUGAUAGCAAAUAGCUCCACAUUUGGGAAGAAGACUGUUUUUUCACAAGAGAAAUACAAACUAAAGAAACAGAAGAAAUAUGCACCCAAAGUGCUUUUACGGCGUCCCUCUACCCGAAGCAUAUGUGAGACAUAUUUCAAGAAAAGCCCAGCUCGAACAGGGUUUAUGCGAGUUGAUGCACUGUCCCUUUUGUUGUCUAUGGCAAAUGUCGGUCCAUAUUCAGAUGUCCUUGUGGUUGAUAUGGUUGGAGGUUUAGUUGUUGGAUCUGUAGCUGAACGCUUAGGAGGUACUGGGUAUGUUUGCAGCACAUACCUUGGAUCUGCUCCUAUCUCCAUAGACAUUAUAAGAAUGUAUAAUUUGAGCAGUGACAUGACAAGCAGGAUUGUUCAGGCACCGCUAAGUGACCUCUGCUCCUUGCAAAAUUCUGGCAAUGCACCUUCUCUUCUCAAUGAUAACAUUCAAGGUGAGGCACCAGAGACAACUGCAGUACCAGUAGAGAAUAGUCAGCCAUCUGUACCACAGCCAGCUGACACAGCAAUAUCAGAUGAGAAAGCACAGUCAUCUAAAGAACAAUCCAUUGAUAUAGACAUCUCUGAGCCUUUAUUGGAUGAGCACAUUAAUCAGGAUGGUGAUUCUUCUUUAGAUUGUAAAGGCGAUGAGGAUGGAAGUUCAAUAGCUUCCAAAUCACUCAAAGCAGGAAAGACACCAUCACCAGAGAAGAUGAAAUAUUGGAGCGAACAUGGAUUUAGCAGUUUGAUAGUUGCUGCUCCGGGCCAUGAUGUUGAAAGUUUUGUUGCUGAUCUGCUUCCCCUCUUGUCUUAUUCAGCUCCAUUUGCUAUCUAUCACCAAUACCUUCAGCCUCUUGCAACAUGCAUGCACAGCUUGCAAGUAUCAAAACUGGCUAUUGGAUUACAAAUUUCUGAACCCUGGCUUCGUGAAUACCAGGUACUUCCAUCACGAACUCAUCCACACAUGCAAAUGAAUGCAUUUGGUGGUUAUAUUUUGAGUGGCAUUAGGAUACACAACGGUGAUGCAUGUAAUGGAAUCAAGUGAAUGGCUGGCCAAGCACAUUUAUGUAUUUUUCAAUCCAUGGAGGAAAAAUAGGGCCACCAUUUUACACGGUAGCUCGAUUGCUCGAAACAAUAGACACAAUUUUGUAGUCUGGAGAAGGCAACUUGUAUGCCAAAGCUAUUUAUGUGAUCAGUAGAAAUUGGUGUGCAUAUAGAGAUAGAAGAACAUGACAUGAGCAUGUACACCAAAUCCAUGUAACUUGCAUAUUGUUAUGUUGUGUUUUUUUAUGAAACAAAUUAAUCAUGUACGGACUGAGAUAUUCGAUAAGGUGUGAUGUUUAUUCACCUGUGAGAUAAAGGGCACUCCUAAGUGUUCAUCUUUGUUAAGUGUUGUGCUUCAGGACCCUGUUUUGAGAUAAAGGGCCUAUUUAGGUCAAAUGUUUUGUUUUAGC